AUGAACGAACCAACUGAUGGAAAGAUCAACGACAGGAAGAGGAAAAAGCCAGAUGAAAACACAGAAGAGGGAAAGGACUUAGGGAAGUCCAAAAAAAAAGUAGAAUUUGAAAAUGAUGAAGAAUAUGAAAAGUACCUUUUGAGUAGUUUCAAGAAGGAGUCUGCCCACAGAAGAGGGGAGCAAGGACAGUAUGCAAGUCGCUAUGGAGGUAGAAACGAAUUCCACCGUGAAAGCAAUCCGACUGAAGAUUACACCCUAUCCGAUAUGAUCAAGAGCUUCUAUAGCGACCUGAAAAAGUACAAAACGGUGGAUGACAUGGCAAACGAAAUUAAAAGACUAGCAGUACAAAACAUUAGAAAAAAUUUGGAGAUUAUCUGUAACAACGAAUGCACCAGCUCCUUCUUUGUAGAAAAGUACAGGGUCAAAUACAUCAACGAGCAGGUAGAAUUGAAUGUAAAAUCUGCACAGAAUUAUUUUAAAGAAUUUUUAAUACUCUACAAUAGCAACAAUUUUGAUGACUUUACGCUGGAGGUGAAUACCAACGUGGAGAAAAAUGCAGAAAAAGACAACGCAGGAAAGGAGAAGGAAGACGAACUGGAUGAAGGAACAACCAAACAGGAUGAGGAUCACCCCACACUGAUGGAGCACGCGCAGAAUAACCACGAAGAUGACCUUAAGAAUGGUGAGACAUUGCCCCCAAAUCAAAAUGAACUCAGUGGAAAAGAUGGACACGCAGAUGAAGAAAUGUAUAAAGCCAACACAUGGAAAGAAAAAAUAAAAUGUAAAAUUGAAAAUGCAAAUGAAAAUUCCAACGUUUUGAUAAAAAUUGUAAAUUACUUAUCGACCACUUCAUUACACAUCGAUCAUAUACCAGUGAACAUAAAAAAGUUCGAUGUUAUAAAAAAGUUAAACGAAUUGAAUUACGAUGUGUUGAAUGCUAACAUAUGGGACACGUAUAGUUCGAAGGAAAGUAGACCCUUCUCCUUGUCCAUCUCCACAGUUCCUUCCUUCUACAGAAAGGCAAAUAUAUACUUUAGAAAGCACAGCAAAAUGACAAAACUUCUAAGUGCUCUCCGUGAAAAACCAAGAAAUGUUCAAAUAAAUGGUUGGUACUUAAAUAAUGUGAAAAGGAAUAUUUACAACUACGUGGAUUUUCGAAUUUGCCCCCCUAUUUGUUCUCACAUAGAGGUAAUUAAAGCUGAUUAUGAGAAGGCUAAAAUUUUGGUUAGGAAAUUGGACGCUUCUUGCCAUAUAGACGCUGAUUUGAUGGAGCGCAUACGGGAAGAGGCCUAUAUCGAAAUCAGGCAAAAGAAGAGGAAAUUGGGGGAGGAACAAGCGGAUGGGGAGGUAGGUGAUGUAACGCCUGAAGCAGUUGCACCAAGUAAUAUUCAGAAUAAUGGCGACCAACUGAGGGACAGCCCUAUCAUAGACAUAAUCGAAGAGAACAAAAAUCUCAGUGUUACAAAAAAGCUAGACAUCUUAAUUAUGUAUCUUCGAUUUGUGCAUAACUUUUGUUACUACUCAGCGAGGAAAUUCAACACGUACGAUGAAAUGGUGAGAGAGUGUGGUUACUUCUACCUUCGUGUGAACAUGCAGAAUAAGUUCUACAACAACUUGAUCCCUAUUUUUUACGAAAAUUUUAACGUAAGCAAGUUGGAGCAAUACGGGGAACCUGGACAGGCCAAACACUGGAUAAAGAACUCAGCGGAUGAAUACCAAGACGACAACCAUGAUAGCCAUGCGAAGGCAGCACUUACAGGGGAAAACCAACCAAAUCACGAAACCAAUCCAAAUGAACAACCCACCAACUGUCCCCAUGUACAAGGCCUAAAGAACAAAUACUUUAACGACGUGGAUAGCUUGUCGGAAUACCAACUGAAAUGGCUUCUCCACUUUGAGGCAGAAAUUAAAGAUGCCAUAAAUGCAAACUACAAUGAACAAAUAGAAAUCGAAAAGACAAAAGAAUUUAUGGACAUAUUGAAAAAUAAUUAUAUUUUGAAAACAACUGAUAAUCCCCAUAGCGACGGAAAAAGCGAAAUACGUUGUGCAAAGUGCAAGAAACUUUUCAACCACAUUAAGGAUGUCCCUAACCACAUCUUCAUUAAACAUAGCCAAUUUAAAUUGAAGCUCAUCACAGAGACAGAAGCAGAGAUAAUGAAGAAAUGCUUUUACGAAGCCCCGCACAGUUUUCACUUCCUUUUUAUGAUGGAAAAAAAAUAUAAUUCUGGCUAUUCGAAAAGCAAUUUAAGUAAGAAUAUUUUUAAAAAAACAAAGAAUUUCAGAAACCAGAAUUUUCACCUCCUAGCCAACAACGCGAAGAGUGACUACAAAGAUUUUGACGACCCCAGCUCGAAUGUCUUCGAGGAUGUAAAACAGAGUGCUCCCAAGAAGAGCGAUUUUUACGAUGACACGUAG